AUGUUGUACUUUACCCUCCGUUUAUUUAUCUUAUUUACUACGUCCAAACCUGAGCAAGUUCCAACAGAAAAGCCAACCACAAAAUCAUCGAUCAAACAUGUUGGCAAGCUCAUCACAAUUAUAUUAAGAGACUUUGAGCUGCACGAGAAUGAUGUUACCCUAACAGUACAUUCGUUCCUGAAUUUGUUCCCGACGGUGCAUAUAUACAUUUUGUAUGACGAGCUUCCUUAUCCUCCCUUGGAUAUAAUGUUAACGAAUAACACCCUUCCAAACGUAAAGUUUGUGAAACUAAGUCCCACGCUGAAGAAUUCCUUUUAUGACCAGUAUCCUGUUAAUCAAAUAAAGACAAAAUACGUACUGUUUGUACCUGAUUCUACGAGACUUACCUCAAGACAAACCAUUCAAAUAAUGAUCAAUGAGCUGGAGAAAUUCUCAGGACAUAUCAUAGCUGCUCCUUUGAGCAGUCACAAGAAAAACAUGAAAUGCCUAAGAAUCCAUAUGCACGUUAAAGAAUGGACUCUGAAGUAUAGUGAGAUCAAAGGCCUGGAAUGUGAUGGUGUAGUAGGGAAGCAUAUAAUUCUUCUAGAAACUGAUCAUUUGCGAGAAAUGUCCAAUGCAUUUUUGUUGCCCUUUCCACAGUCAUUGUAUGUUCAAACAUCAGUAUUAAACUUCAAGGUAAAAAUUGUCAAAGGCCUAUCGUUCCACGAAGGUAAACCGAUUCUUCGUUCCCAUCAUGCCCAGUGGAAGCUAAAGCAAACCGAAGCGCAGCGUUUGAAGAAGUUAUAUAAUUUAUUCAAGAUCAAACAAGUGGUCAAGGAAAGUGGCAUUACGGAAUGGUAUGGUUGUACCAAAGAUACGUCUAGGUGUUUUGGUACGGUGCUGGAAAAUAUGCCGUCUUAUCUGUAUGAGAAAAAGUGGACACCGCCUUGCUGUCUCUCAAACCUGAGGAAAACUGCAAGGUACACUUUCGGUAUUUUGGAUGAAUCUGGGAUCAGGUAUUGGUUGGAAGCUGGUAGUUUGCUCGGCGCAAUGAGGAGUGGUGACAUACUGCCGUGGGAUCACGACGUGGAUGUCGGAUUUGUCAGAGAAGACCUAACUAGAUGCCAUUGGCUGAAGCAAGCUAAAGACCGACCGGUCAUAGACAACAAAGGGUUUCUCUGGGAGAAAGCUACCGAGGGUAACUAUUACCACGUCCAUUUUAGUAGGACCAACAAGAUCCACGUCAAUCUGUUUCCUUUUUAUUCGAAAAACGGCACUAUGGUUAGAGAUUCUUGGUUUACGAGCCAUAGGAAUAUGGAAUUCCCGGAGAAUUUCUUGCACCCUAUGUCAAGUAUAGAUUUUGUGGGUAGGAGUGUACCGAGUCCGAAUAACAUACGGGAUUUUCUGGAAAUGAAGUAUGGAAGUGGCGCUAUUGAAAAUCCGGAAUAUCCAGAUCCUGCUAAAUUGAGGUUUCCGUAAUACGAUAUAAUAAAAUAAAAAUGUAGCUACACCGAUUUUGCUCUAAAACUUUACUAUGUGAUAAUUAUCGACCAUAAAUGUAUUUCAUUUGUUAAAGCUGGCCGCAAACUGUACGACCUCUUCACUCGAUUUUUGCAUAUUCUUGCGAUAGUCGAAAAAUGUGGACAUCGAAAAUAGACAUUUGCUUUCACUGUAGAUUGUAAUAUUGGAGCAUUGCUAAUUAUAAUAAAAACUUGUCAUACAUUAUAUUCAUAUUAACUUAUUUAUUUCUAUCUUUGCAAAGAUAAAAUAUUCCAACUCUCUGUAUCUGCUGAGGUGUGAAAAACUCUAAAAUUUUCGAUGUAUGUCUUGUAUAUAACGUUUCUGCUGACCCGUCUAAGGAUCACAUCAAAAUCAGUUAUUGUCAAUGAUAGCUACACAUUUCUAGUGCCAAAGAUUUAAAAAAUAUAAUCGACUCUUCCAAUUUUCUUGUGAUCCUAUU